AUGCUGGUGAAGAACCAAGCAGGCAAAGGAGGGGGCCGUGAGCCGGGCUCCGAGGAUCCGAGUCCCGCCGCCCAGCACUGUGCCCGGACCUGGCCCCCGUGCGCUAUCCUGGCGGCCCUCCUGGCAGUGGUGGCUGUGAUGUCUUGUCUGUACCUGGGGGUGAAAACCAACGAUCUUCAGGCGAGAAUCGCCGCUCUCGAAUCCGCCAAAGGGGACCCUUCCUUUCGUCUGCUGCCUGAUUCACUGGAUCAGCUGAAGGCAAUGGUGCAAGAGAAAGUGGAGGGACUUCUGGCUCAGAAAUCCUAUGAACAUAUGGCUAAAAUAAGAAUCGCAAGAGAAGCAUCUUCAGAGUGCAACUGCCCAGCAGGCCCUCCAGGGAGACGAGGUAAGAGGGGCCGAAGAGGAGAAUCUGGUCCUCCUGGACAGCCUGGUCCUCAGGGCCCUCCUGGUCCAAAAGGCGAUAAGGGAGAACAAGGCGACCAGGGACCUCGGGGUCUGCCAGGCUUCCCCACAGUUGCUGCUCUGCACAGUAAUCAGAUCCUCACCGUCAAGGGUGACCAAGGACAGGCGGGGCCUCCGGGACCUCCCGGCCCUCCAGGCCCAAGAGGGCCUCCUGGGGACACAGGGAAAGAUGGCCCCCGUGGAAUGCCAGGAGUGCCCGGUGAGCCAGGGAAACCAGGAGAACAAGGCUUAAUGGGUCCUCUGGGCCCUCCAGGACAAAAGGGUUCUAUUGGAGAGCCUGGCAUUCCAGGGAUGAAUGGGCAAAAGGGUGAACCUGGGCUACCUGGAGCAGUAGGACAGAAUGGAAUACCAGGAUUGAAGGGUGAACCUGGAGAACGAGGAGAAAAGGGAGAUACUGGAGAAGAUGGCCCCAAAGGUGACACAGGCAAAAAGGGUGACCCUGGAUCAUCUGCUGCAGGAAUUAAGGGAGAACCUGGAGAAUCUGGUCGUCCAGGGCAAAAGGGUGAACCAGGGCUUCCUGGGCUUCCUGGACUUCCGGGGAUAAAGGGAGAACCAGGUUUCAUUGGUCCUCAAGGAGAACCAGGCUUACCAGGAUUACCAGGAACAAAAGGUGAACGUGGGGAGGCAGGGCCUCCGGGAAGAGGGGAGCGAGGGGAGCCUGGAGCCCCUGGACCAAAGGGUGAUCGUGGAGACAAAGGGGACUCCGGAGCCCUGGGGCCAAGGGGUCCACCUGGUCAAAAAGGGGAUCAAGGAGCCACUGAAAUCAUAGACUACAAUGGCAAUCUCCACGAAGCCUUGCAGGGUCCCCCAGGACCUCCUGGACCUCAAGGACUACAAGGGCCAAAGGGAGAGCCAGGAUCUCCAGGAAUCCCAGGAGCUGAUGGAGAGCAGGGAUUGAAAGGCUCAAAAGGAGACAUGGGGGACCCAGGUAUGCCAGGUGAAAAAGGAGGAAUUGGACUUCCUGGAUUACCGGGUGCCAAUGGAAUGAAAGGAGAAAAAGGAGACUCCGGAUUGCCAGGUCCUCAGGGUCCUUCCAUCAUAGGCCCACCAGGCCCACCAGGUCCCCACGGCCCACCAGGCCCCAUGGGACCCCAUGGACUUCCUGGACCAAAGGGUGAACCAGGGUUAAAUGGUGUUAAAGGAUUGAAGGGUGAACCAGGUCAAAAGGGUGACAGAGGACCCCUUGGUCUUCCAGGAGCAUCUGGCUUAGACGGAAAGCCAGGAUCCCGGGGUACAGAUGGCCCUAUGGGACCCCAUGGCCCUGCAGGUCCCAAAGGAGAAAGAGGUGAAAAAGGAGCCGUGGGAGAGCCAGGACCCAGAGGGCCCUACGGCCUUCCUGGCUUCCCUGGCCCGCGUGGUGAAAAGGGUGAUCUAGGAGAAAAGGGAGAAAAGGUGACGUCUCCGCCCUAGCAUGCGCCUGGCUUGAUUCUUCUCUUGUGGUCUGCUUUGCUCUUAACCUGUGCA